AUGAUAUCGUUGAUCAACAACGCAACGGACUCGAAGCUCAGUGCCAGCAGGACUACGGCUACAACCCGCCUGCCUGUCUGUACUCUCGAGGCGCCGACCAGACCGCAGCCUUCAGGCCCCAGUACAGCUGUUUCGAAGACCGGAAUAAGAACAGUCCUCACGAUCUGCCUUCGUGUCAGCAUUCUGACCCCCAGCAAGAGCACAGGUUCCUCUUACCACGAAGAGUCGGAGGACAGUAAGCGGAUCCGCACGGCCUACAGCCGGGCGCAGCUGCUGGAGCUGGAGAAGGAGUUCCAUUUUAACAAAUACAUCUCCAGACCCCGCAGGUACGAGCUGGCCGCCAUGUUGAACCUCACCGAGAGACACAUCAAAAUAUGGUUUCAGAACCGACGGAUGAAAUGGAAAAAGGGGGAAACGAAAAAAGCCAAGCACUCGGAUGCUGAGCAGAAAGGGAAUACCGAAGAAGGCGAGCAGAGUGUGGAGAACGGCACGCAGAAAGGAGACCCCUUACCGCUGGGCUCAGAGACCUUCCCGAGGGACUGGCCUUGA